AUGGCCCAUGGUGCGACUUCCCCUCGGAGCGGUGCUGAAGAGGUCGACACGCCUGCCACCGAGAGAAGUCUAAAAGAUGGGGAUGCGCCUGCCACCGAAGACGACGCCGCGGGCGACGGAACAGUGGCCAACAAAAUGCGGGACACGGGGAACAGUGAAUCAUCGUCGGGGCUCGCGAGCAUGGGCACCAGGGCUAUUAAAGCCGCAGUAGCACUGUAUAUGAUGGCUACCCUCUGA